AAUUCUUUAUAGUAUCAAUUAACGGCGAUUUUUAUGUUUCAAAUUUAUUUUAUUCCAAAAAGUGUCGAGUGUAUUUUUAUUAAAAUUUAAAAUAAGUGAGUUAAAAAUUUAAACAUUUACUGACAGUUUCCUUCUGAAAAAAUGUGGUAAUGUGUAAUAUUAAUUGCCGAAAAAUCGCGGUAAUAAUGAAACAAAUUACGACAGUAUUAAUAGACCUCAGUGGAACAUUGCAUAUCGAUAAUACAGUUAUUCCAGGUGCCGUGCAAGCGUUAAACAGGCUACGACAUGCAAACUUGUUGAUUAAAUUCGUUACAAACACUACCAAAGAAUCAAGCAAUUGCUUGUAUGAGCGUCUGACAAAACUUGGAUUUGACUUGCGGAAGGAUGAAAUCUUCAGUUCUUUAUUUGCGGCGAGAAAAUUGAUUAUUUCUCGGCAGUUAAAGCCACUAUUGUUAAUUGAUCCAGCAGCGAUGGAAGAUUUUCAAGAUUUAGUAACAGAUGAUAUACCAAAUGCAGUGGUUAUUGGUUUAGCGCCGAGUAAAUUUAACUAUGAUGAGUUAAACAAAGCUUUCAGAUUGCUUUUGGAUGGUGCGUCACUCAUAGCUAUUCAUGAAGGUCGAUAUUACAAGCGUUCUGAUGGGUUAGCUUUAGGUCCUGGAGCAUUUAUCAAAGGUUUAGAGUAUUCCAGCAAUGUGAAAGCGGAAGUUGUUGGUAAACCAACCACAGAAUUUUUUAAAGCAGCUUUAGGAGAUGUAGACCCAGCACAGGCUAUAAUGAUUGGAGAUGAUGUGAAAGAUGAUAUAGCUGGUGCACAGGCAGCUGGAAUCAAAGGUGUACUAGUACAAACUGGCAAAUAUAGAACAGGAGAUGAGAAGACGAUUACUCCAGGACCAACAAAAGUAUGUAGUUCUUUUGUACAAGCCGUCGAGAGUAUUCUCGAUGGAAUUGUUUGAAUAUUUAUGUUUGAGAAAAUUAUUAAAUAAAUAAUAAUACUCUUUAUUCAAAUAUUGCUGCACAGGUAAACAAAUGUAAUCUGUUCUGUAUAUAUUAAAUUAUAUACUUUAUUUAAAUACUGAUUUUUUUAAUUUUUUAUAGUGUACAUAGUCUUGAGUGAUGCCACAUUAUC